AGCUCUUUUCUGAUGUUUAGUUUACAGGGACUAAACUUCAAGCUCUCCUUUUUUCUUUUAUUAGUAAAGACUAACGUGAUUUGGCUUUUUCUCUUUUUCUUUUAUUUUCAAGUUAUUUCUUAUCUUCCAAUAAUUUGUUGCCCAAAAAUAAAAUGAUAAACAGAAUUCUGAGUGCACAAAAUCUUCAAGGAAAACUCCCUCAAGAACUUGUCAAGUUGCCAUACCUUCAAGAGAUUAACCUUACCCGCAAUUACCUUAGCGGCACGCUUCCUAGAGAAUGGGGUACAAUGAACCUUACCAAAAUUGCACUUGUUGCAAACGGACUGAGUGGUAAAAUCCCUAAGGAGCUAGCAAACAUCACCAGUCUCAAAAUUUUGUCUCUAAAGUUCAAUAAUUGCUAUGGAAAUCUUUCAGUUCUUGGGUCUCUUCCACACCUUGAAAUACUGCAUCUUACCUCUUUAACAAUUUCACUGGAGAACUACCUGAAACAUUUUCAAAUCUAAUCACAUUAAAGGAACU